AUGCCUCCGCAGCCGAGCGAACCGGUAAGGCAGUUAUGCAAGGAAUUCCAUCUCACUGAUGUUCAAGUUAACCAACUUAUGUCUUCUUUUUUGGAGGACAUAAAGCUUGGUCUGGGGAAGGAUACACAUCCAAAUUCAAUUGUAAAAUGUUUUAUAACAUAUGUGCAGGAUCUUCCAAAUGGGAAAGAAAGGGGAAAAUUCCUUGCGCUUGAUCUUGGAGGUACUAAUUUUCGUGUUCUUGUUAUUCACUUGUCUGAGAAGCACUUUGACAUGAAAGCCAAGAUAUUUGCAAUACCACAAAAAAUUAUGGUGGGAACUGGAACACAGCUGUUUGAUCAUAUAGCUGAAUGUCUAGUAGCAUUUGUUAAGGAGCAUCAGUUACACACAGAAGUACUGCCUCUAGGAUUUACAUUCAGCUUUCCAUUAAUGCAGAAAGGACUAUCUGUAGGAAUUCUUGAAAGGUGGACUAAGGGCUUCAACUGCUCUGGUGUUAUUGGACAAGAUGUAGUUCAGCUGCUGAGAGAUGCACUGGACAAAAAACCGGAUGUGAAGAUUAACAUUGCUGCAGUUCUUAAUGACACUACAGGUACGCUGAUGUCAUGUGCAUGGAAGGAUCACAACACAAAAAUAGGACUCAUCAUUGGAACUGGUACAAAUUCAUGCUAUGUAGAAAAAACUGAGAAUGCAGAACUGUUUGAUGGGGACAGGAGCAAACCAUAUGUAAUCAUCAACACAGAAAGUGGAGCAUUUGGUGAUGAUGGAAAACUUAAUUUUAUUAGAACAGAAUUUGACAAAGAUGUAGAUGACAAUUCCAUAAAUCCUGGAAGACAACUGCAUGAGAAGAUGAUAUCAGGAAUGUAUAUGGGAGAAAUAGUUCGACUGAUAGCUGAGAAAGCUCUUAAAAUGAAUGCCAUCCUGGGUGGAAAAGGUUCCGAUGCAAUUCUAAAGCGAGGGGGUUUCUUCACUAAAUAUGUAUCUGAAAUAGAAAGUGAUAAACCAGGUUCUUACACAAAUGUUAAGAGAAUAAUGAAUGAGCUUGGUCUUCCACAUGCAACUGAACAAGAUUUUAUAGACUUCAGACAUAUGUGUGAAGCUGUUUCUUCAAGAGCUGGUGUCAUGGUCUCUGCUUCAAUGGCUACAUUACUUAAUAAAAUGGGUUUUGAACAAGCAACUAUUGGCAUUGAUGGUUCACUCUAUCGAUUUCACCCUGGGUUUGCAGAUCUAAUGACAAGAAAAAUUUCGCAAUUAGUGAAGCCAGGGAUUAAAUUCAAGUUAAUGUUGUCAGAAGAUGGAAGUGGAAGAGGAGCAGCUCUAGUUGCUGCUGUUGCCAGUCGGGGAGACUAA